CACGGUACCGCUGCCGACUCGCCCACGCAACUCCAUCGGUCUCGCCUCGCACAUCUUCCUCACCGCCUCCUACCCCCGCCCCGCCCACCUCGCCGGAACCCUACCUCCUACCCCUUCGCGCCCCUGCCGGAUCCGCCGAUCAUCGGACUUGGCAAGCGCAAUGGACUCCGACUCCGAGAUGCCCGUCGCCAGCGACGAGGAGAUGGUGGACGACGAGGACUACUACUACUACAGCGACGAGGGUGAGGGCGACGACGGGGACGCCAGCGGCGGCGGCGGCGCCUCCGGCGACGAGGAUGUAUCGGCUGGAGACUACGAGGGCCGGGAGGCCGAGGGGAGCGACGAGGCCGUCUCCACGCGCGAGCAGAGAUACAUUGUUUUAACCGAAAAGGAUAUAUCUGAACGCCAAGAGGAAGAUAUAAGCGAGGUAUCUGCAUUACUGAUGAUUCCAAGGGAAGAAGCAUCUGUCCUUCUUCACCACUAUAAAUGGGACAUCAGCAAGGUGAGUGAUGAAUGGUUUUCUGAUGAAGACAAAGUCCGUGGUAUUGUUGGCUUACUUAUGAAUGGAACUGAUUUUCAUAACUUGAGGAAGCUAACUUGUGGAAUAUGUUUUGAAGGGUACUCUUCAGAUAUGAUGAGUUCUGCGGGCUGUGCUCAUUUGUAUUGCCAUGAAUGUUGGGAAGGUUAUAUCAGCGCUGCUGUAAGUCAGGGUCCGGGAUGUUUGUCAUUGCGAUGCCCUGAUCCAUCGUGCAGUGCUAUUGUUCUUCAAGGCAUGAUAAAUAAAUUAGGCAAACACGAAGAUAAAGAGAAGUACGCACGAUUUGCCUUGCGUGCAUAUGUGGAAAGUCGCAAGAAGACGAAAUGGUGUCCAGCUCCUGACUGUACAUGUGCAGUGGAAUUUGUUAGUGAUGUAAACUAUGAUGUCUCAUGUAACUGCACAUUCCGAUUUUGCUGGAAUUGCACAGAAGAAGCUCACAGACCAGUGAACUGUGAUACUGUUUCUAAGUGGAUUCUGAAGAACAGCGCUGAAUCUGAAAAUAUGAACUGGAUACUGGCUAAUUCUAAGCCCUGUCCAAAAUGCCAACGACCGAUAGAGAAGAACCAGGGAUGCAUGCAUAUGACUUGCACACCUCCUUGCAAAUUUGAGUUUUGCUGGUUAUGUCUGGGUUCAUGGAUAGAACAUGGCGAGAGGACUGGUGGCUUUUAUGCUUGCAAUCGCUAUGAAUCGGCAAAGAAAGAGGGAGUUUAUGAUGAGGCUGAAGCAAGGAGGGAAAGGGCUAAACACUCACUUGAGAGAUAUAUGCACUACUAUGAACGCUGGGCAUCUAAUCAGACAUCGAGGCAAAAGGCAAUAGCAGAUCUGCAAAAGGCGGAAAAGGAACAACUUGCAAAGUUAACUGAGAUUUAUGGAAUACCGGAGACACAACUGAAGUUCAUUAUUGAAGCUUGGUCACAGAUUAUAGAAUGCAGGCGAGUGCUCCAAUGGACGUAUGCGUAUGGCUAUUAUCUCGAGGAUAAGGUCAAGAGUGGAUUUUUUGAGUAUCUGCAAGGUGAAGCUGAGUCUGGUUUGGAACGUCUCCAUCAGUGUGCUGAGAAAGACCUGCUAGCGUUUUUGCCAUUCUCAAAACAUGAUACUACUGAAGAUCAUCCUUCACCAGCUGAAUUUGGUGAAUUCCGUGUGAAGCUUGCUGGUCUGACAAGUAUAACUCGGAAUUACUUUGAGAACCUUGUUCGAGCAUUGGAAGAUGGGUUGGAGGAUGUCCAGUGUGCCGGAGAGGCUGCAACCUCAAGCAAGGCCACCAACUCGAAGAAAGCAGGAGCUAAAGGCAAAGUGGCGAAGAAGCAGCCGUCCAGAUCAUCUUCGGACCAUUCUGAUGAUACUUGGCCAUGCGAGCGCUGCACAUUUCUGAAUCCCUCUUCUGCGGAUGCGUGUACUGCCUGUGAUAAGCAGCGGUACUAGUAGAUUAAUAAACUGCUCAAAAGGCAGUGACCCAAGAAGCUCAAAGCGCAUGAAAACAUGUGUGUGCUUAUGCUUUAGAAGGUGAAGCAGAGCUCUCAACGGAUGCAAAGGUGUACAUAAGAAAGGUCGAAGGUCCGUCCUAUGUUUUAUGUAGAUCCCAACGGAUAGCAUUGGUUACAAUGUCAAUGUGCUUUUGCCCCUGUGUUGUAAAUAUUGGUUACGAAUAGGUGUAGUGUGGUGGGCUUCUUCUGCGGUUCCAUCCACCUUGCUCCCUUCGUUUCUCCUAACCUAAAACAUAUUAGGUUAAGACUUACCAAGAAUUGUUUUAUUAAUAUAUGAUUUCUUUUUGUGGGGAA